AUGGCUGCAAAAAAAUUGGAAACUGCUUCUGGAAACAAUCCAAUAAAUAGCCUACCAGAUGAGGUUCUUGGUCAGAUCUUGUCCUUGCUCCCUACCAAAACUGCUGCUUUCACAUCAGUUCUCUCAAAAUGGUGGAGGAAUCUGAUUCCUCUGGUUCAAAACCUUGAUGUCGAUGAUUCCAUGUUCCUCGAUCCCAACAUCAACUCAAAAAGCUUCUUUAGUUUCAUUGAGGAAACCCUUGUCUUGCUACGCGAUUCUCACAUCAAGAAAUUUGCGUUGAAAUGCGAAUUUCCUCUAUUCGACGAGUUUCUUGAAAAGUGUGAUUUGUAUGACUGCCUCCUCGCUAGCUCUGUGCUUGAGGAAGUCAACAUAUGUGAUGAUGAUCCUCUUAGACCACUUGUGUAUCCGGCUUGGGUUAAAAAGAUUUGGGGUUCAUCCAUACAGAGGAUAUCUAUUUGUCACCGUUUUUCUGAUAGAAAAAACCACUCAUGUUUUGUCAUUAAGACGCCCAAUCUUGUGUACCUUGACUUCUCUAGCUAUGUCGGAAAAGAUUCUGUCGUUCAGUUUGAUUCGCUAGUCGAAUGUAGACUGGAUCUUCGGUUAUGGACGUAUCUGGAAUAUGUCCCACCGGAAGAUCUUGUAAUGUGCAAAAUGUUCAAUCCAUGUCAUAAGGUGCUUUAUUUCUGCUGUAAAUCUAUGCCUGAAUUCAACAACCUCGUUAAGUUAUCUUUUGAGAGCCAUAAGGAACGUGGUUGGCAAGUGUUGCCGCUUCUGCUCAAGAAAUCUCCAAACCUAGAAACUCUAGUCAUAAGGUACGGUCAUGUGCAUGAGAUCACGGAUGAAUGUGGGGAUGCAUGCGUCUGUGUUCAUGAGGAGAAGACAAAGAAUAAAAACUGUUUAUUGCUGUGUCGAGUGAAGGUGCUAAAGAUAUAUGGAUAUGGAGGAACUAACAGAGAACUGAAACAAAUGAGACAUUUCAUGGAGAAUUUGAAGUGUCUUGAAGUGGUCAAAGUUAAGGUUCAUCAAGUGGAUGAGCAAGAUAAGUACUUACCACCCACCAGUGAACCAAUGAAGCUCCUUUCUGCAACUUCUUCCAAGUGUAAGAUCCAAUUUAUUUAA